AUGGGAAACACGGGCGCUGGAAAACGAGGCAGUCAAGGCAAUGUUGACGACAUGUCGUCUUCCCCUGGAAGAGACAACCUACCGUUUGACUUUGGUGCUGGAAUAGGCGGACCUCGUACUAAGUUGAUGAUGCAGCCUUCCGUCGACGACACGUUAGAAGAUUAUGUGUACACGAGCAAGAAAGUCUAUAUUGUCGAUUGUCUCCACUUUACAGGCACCAACAUCACACCGUCUGCUCUCCCAACAGUGUUUCGGUGGGAGGGCGGCGGAAAGCAGGUGUUCAUAUCAGGAACAUUCAACAACUGGGCAACAAAAAUACAGAUGGUGAAAAGCCAGGAAAAUUUCGUAACAAUCGUAGAGCUUCCAGACGGUGAACACCAGUACAAAUAUUAUGUAGACGGUGACUGGCAUCAUGACGUGGACGAGGGAUAUAUCAAAGAUGGCAGCCAGCAGCAAUUGUCCGGGUCCCCGCCCGGCGAAUAUUCGCAGGAGGUUCCCAUUAAGAUGCCGGGGGACAAGUCGUCAGGGCCGCCCAUUCUGCCUCCGCACCUGCUGCAAGUCAUCCUCAACAAGGACACCUCGUUACAGUGUGAGCCGUCACUGUUGCCCGAGCCGAACCAUGUCAUGCUGAAUCACCUCUAUGCGCUCUCCAUCAAGGAUGGAGUGAUGGUACUGAGUGCGACUCACAGAUACAGGAAGAAGUACGUCACAACCCUUCUCUACAAGCCCAUCUGAUGUAACAAACAUCACUCUGUCACCAGUAUCCGCGUCUGCCAUCGUGAGCUCAUCGAUGCGGGAGAGGUCAUAGUUCAUGGUCGUCUUAUUUCUUUGCGUGCGUGCGAGUCCGUGUGAAGCUGGGUUUAUACUACCGACUUUAUGUUGGCGAAUUGGCGAGUUGGACCAAUUUCGGAAUUCGGCAACUCCGAGUUGGCAAAAAUAGAACAUGUUCUAAUCUCCAAACUAGUUGCUAUUGAUUGAUUUGUCGUGCAACAUUUGUGUUUACACUGCCGAUUGUCGGUUGUAUAGUUGGGAGUUGGUCCAAUUUGCCAAUUUGCAAAUGCAAAGUCAGUUAGUGUAAACCCAGCUUAAUAGGUAUGUGUGUGAGUGUAGAUAGCUUUUGAGUUGGCACUCGUGCGGUCGGUCUAUUCUGUCGAGUAUCGGCAUGUCCGGUGGUGACAUAGCUAUAUUUUCGAACACACCAUAGGACGUGUUGUUAAUGCUGCGUUUUAGUAUGUAUAUAUAAUAUACAUACAUAGGGGAGGUCACGUUUUCUCACAGUUGCAUACAGGCACGGUUGGAUGCUGUGUGCACGCGCAAGCAGAACACAUAGUGUGCGAGUGAUUGCUGAUAGGGUUGGUAUAUUUCUGGCUUUGUAUAAAUUUUGUAUAGUGCCUGUCAAGAUGGGGGACGGGGUGAGUACGUGGUGUGGUUGUGUCACCUGGUGCAGGUUAUACAAUUCCAAAGACUUGUACAUGAGAUGGGCAGUUGUAGAUUGGUGGCUUUUGGUAAACGUGGAAGCAAUUUAACCCGUUAAGGCAAUGAUCUCUUUCAUUUUGUCAGAAAUGUGUCAAAAAACAUCGUAAGUCAGAGUAAAAAAUAAACAGGUUUGUUAGGUAGUGUACCGCAUAUCUCGUAACAACACAAUUAUAAUUACGUUUAUAAAAUGUGAAAUAUGUAGAAAUUUUACAUCGAUAUCAUAUAUAUCGGUUACGCGACUCACAUUUCAUGCAGAUUCCCUACAUCUAAUUUAGCCCGGUGUGAGCACUCGUUAACGCUUGCUUUUAAAGAUGGCUUCACAAUUCUGUAACCUUUGUUAAUACGGCUUUUAUAUCUUCAUAAAUGAGAUGUUUCGGCGUGUUGUUUGACAUAAAACAAAUUCAAAUAUAAGCUGAUUAUAUGAUAUAAUUGCAUACAAAAUCCUCGUGUUAUAUUCAUAUACUCGACUGUGCUUGGAAGAAAACGCAUAGUUUCAUUAGCCAAAGGCAAACACAAGUCAUUGACUAAACUUUUCAUAUGUGUCGCUUAAUCUUAAUAUAUGCAGUUGUGUGUUAUAUGUUGUAAGAGAUCUAUUCACACUGCGUUAUAGUCAUCUGCUAUUGUUUAUUGGGAAGAGAUUGCCACAUUUAAAAGAUUAAAUAGAUCAUUGCUUUAAUUAACGUGGAAUUGUUGCACUUGUAAUGUAAAAUAUUCACGCUUAUACAUUAAUUAUUACCUUAAUACAUCAAGACUCAUCUCGUUAGUACAGUUUGUGCUGCUACGGCAGAGUCUGCUACAUAUUGCCCCGUUACUAGUUACUAGUGAUGCCUCGGUAGUAGAGAUCCAAUAAAAUGUAGUACAAAUUAAUGGUAUUAGGGUGUGUGGGUUUUGGCUUACGUUGAGCUAUUUACCAAAAGCAAAUACUGUUCAAAGCUA